AUUGUCAUUUCCAGAAAUACACACAGAACAGAACAGAGGAGAAACCGAACUCCUCAAACUCGAGAGAAACGAGGAAAGGUGUAAGUAAACAUACGAGAAAGCGAGAGACAGACAAUCGAAUCUGGUGGAAGAAUGGCGAAUCUACCUCCAUCUCUCUCCAUGGGCACACCUUUCGGCGGUCCCAGCACGUCGGCCGCAGGAGCUCCGGCGAACAAAGAUCGAAACUUGGCAUCCGCGGAGCAGUUGGUUCUCGAUCUCAGCAAUCCUGAACUCAGAGAGAAUGCUCUCCUCGAGCUUUCCAAGAAAAGAGAACUGUUUCAGGAUUUGGCGCCUCUCUUGUGGAACUCUUUUGGUACCAUUGCUGCCUUGUUGCAGGAGAUAGUGUCUAUCUACUCUGUUCUUGCUCCUCCUAAUCUGACUCCUGCUCAGUCCAACCGUGUCUGUAACUCACUCGCCCUUCUUCAGAUUCCUGACACACUUAUUUCUUGUUUUCAUACCCUUCAGUGCGUAGCCUCUCAUUCCGACACAAGGAUGUUAUUUCUCAAGGCUCACAUCCCACUGUACCUUUACCCUUUCCUGAACACAACGAGUAAGUCAAGACCUUUCGAGUACUUGCGCCUUACUAGCUUAGGUGUCAUUGGUGCUCUUGUUAAGGUUGAUGAUACAGAGGUCAUUAGCUUCCUUCUAUCAACCGAAAUUAUUCCUCUGUGCCUCCGCACCAUGGAGAUGGGGAGCGAGCUGUCGAAAACUGUUGCCACAUUCAUAGUUCAGAAGAUCUUGUUGGAUGAUGUGGGGAUGGAUUACAUCUGCACAACAGCGGAGCGGUUUUUCGCUGUUGGUCGAGUGUUGGGAAACAUGGUUCAGUCACUUGUGGAGCAGCCUUCUCCACGCCUUUUGAAGCAUAUCAUUCGUUGUUAUCUCCGUUUAUCAGACAACCCAAGGGCUUGUGCUGCACUCGGAAGCUGUCUCCCUGACUCGCUGCGAGAUGGAACCUUCAGCAAUUGUCUUCGCGAGGAUCAAAUCGCGAGGAGGUGGCUGCAACAGCUGGUUCACAAUGUUGGAGUUGGUCGAGUCCCAUCACAUCAAGGUGGAGGAUUUGAGCACAUGCUUUGAGCUGAAACCAUCUCAGGCCUAUCCUUGUAUUGCUUUUUUGUUUGUUUCUAAUUUAUUCACGUACUUUUGAUGCCUUAACUUGGAUGAUGUGUUAUAGGCUUUUGAAAUUCUUCUUGUAAUUAUUUAAUAAGCUUUAGAACAGCAAACCUAGAGUGCAUAGUGCUCGGAUAAUAAAAGGAUUGCUUUGAAUUCCCAUGAAAAUUAAUUUCAUCAA